AUGGCUUCUUCGGAAGCCGAUUCCCGCCUCAGCCAUGUCAUCGUCCCCGCUCUCGAGAAAAUCCUUAAGAACGCAUCAUGGCGAAAGCAUGCUAAACUCGCUCACGAGUGUAAAUCAGUAAUCGAAAACCUCACAUCGCCGCAGAAGCUCCAAUCGCCGACUUCCGAAGCUACUGCAUCCGACGCCGGUGAACCAGAGGCUUCGGUACCUGGACCGCUCCACGACGGUGGUCCUGUCGAGUAUACUUUGGCCGAUUCCGAAUCGGUCCUAUCUCCUCUUAUCAACGCCGCCGGCUCCGGCGUAUUGAAGAUCGCCGAUCCCGCCGUCGAUGCUAUUCAGAAACUCAUUGCCCUUGGAUACCUCCGGGGUGAGGCGGACGCCGCCGGAGAAUGUCCUGAGUCGAAGUUUCUGGCGAGCCUGAUCGAAUCUGUGUGCAAAUGCCAUGACCUAGGCGACGACGCCAUGGAACUUUUGGUACUGAAGACGCUCUUGUCUGCGGUAACUUCAAUUUCGCUUAGAAUUCAUGGUGAUUGCUUGCUUUUGAUUGUGAGAACAUGUUAUGAUAUUUAUCUCGGUAGUAAGAAUGUGGUGAAUCAAACAACGGCUAAGGCAUCGUUGAUUCAGAUGCUGGUGAUUGUGUUUAGAAGAAUGGAGGCAGAUUCGUCUACUGUUCCAAUUCAGCCUAUUGUCGUGGCUGAAUUGAUGGAUCCAGUGGAAAAAUCUGACGUUGAUAGUUCCAUGACACAGUUCGUGCAGGGUUUUAUAACCAAAAUAAUGCUGGAUAUAGAUGGGGUUUUGAAUCCCUCGGGGACACCGAGUAAGGCUGCGGCACUGACUCAUGAUGGUGCGUUUCAGACCACUGCGACCGUGGAGACCACGAAUCCGGCAGAUUUGUUGGAUUCAACUGAUAAGGACAUGUUGGAUGCUAAGUAUUGGGAGAUCAGUAUGUAUAAGACAGCAUUGGAGGGGAGGAAAGGGGAGCUGGUGGAUGGGGAGGUGAUGGAGAGGGAUGAUGAUUUGGAGAUUCAGAUUGGGAAUAAGCUGAGGAGGGAUGCUUUUCUGGUGUUCAGGGCACUUUGUAAAUUGUCUAUGAAGACACCCCCUAAGGAAGCCUCUGCUGAUCCCCAGUUGAUGAAGGGGAAGAUCGUGGCUUUGGAAUUGUUGAAAAUUUUGUUGGAGAAUGCUGGAGCUGUCUUCAGAACUAGCGAAAGGUUUUUGGGUGCCAUCAAGCAGUACUUAUGCCUAUCAUUGUUGAAGAACAGUGCUUCAACUCUUAUGAUUGUAUUUCAGCUAUCAUGCUCCAUCUUCAUUAGUCUGGUGUCAAGAUUUAGAGCUGGAUUGAAAGCAGAAAUUGGAGUGUUUUUUCCCAUGAUUGUUCUCAGGGUUCUUGAAAAUGUUGCUCAACCUAAUUUUCAGCAAAAGAUGAUAGUGCUUCGUUUUCUAGAGAAACUUUGUCUUGAUUCACAGAUAUUGGUAGACAUUUUUAUCAACUAUGACUGUGAUGUCAAUUCAUCAAACAUAUUUGAGAGGAUGGUCAACGGACUUCUUAAAACCGCCCAAGGUGUCCCUCCUGGUGUAACAACCACAGUUUUGCCGCCUCAAGAGGCAACUCUAAAACUUGAAGCCAUGAAAUGCUUGGUUGCUGUUUUAAAAUCAAUGGGAGACUGGAUGAAUAAACAAAUGCGCAUUCCCGAUCCUCAUUCAGGCAAGAAAGUUGAAGCAGUUGAUAAUGGCCAUGAACCUGGAGAUUUUCCCAUGGCAAAUGGGAACGGAGAAGACCUGGUUGAAGGAUCAGAUACUCAUUCUGAACUCUCGAAUGAGGCGUCUGAUGUUUCUACUAUCGAGCAACGCCGGGCUUAUAAACUAGAACUUCAGGAAGGUAUAUCACUUUUUAAUAGGAAGCCAAAGAAAGGAAUUGAGUUUCUCAUCAAUGCCAACAAAGUGGGUAACUCACCGGAGGAAAUAGCUGCUUUUCUUAAAGAUGCAUCUGGGUUGAACAAGACUUUGAUUGGUGAUUAUCUUGGAGAAAGGGAAGAUUUAUCUUUGAAAGUAAUGCAUGCCUACGUGGAUUCUUUUGAUUUUCAAGGGAUGGAGUUUGAUGAGGCAAUCAGGAUGUUUCUUCAAGGCUUUAGACUGCCUGGUGAGGCACAGAAAAUUGAUCGAAUCAUGGAAAAGUUUGCAGAACGUUAUUGCAAAUGUAAUCAAAAAGUAUUUUCUAGUGCUGAUACAGCAUAUGUCCUUGCUUAUUCUGUGAUAUUGUUGAAUACUGAUGCUCACAAUCCUAUGGUGAAGAAUAAGAUGUCUGCUGAUGAUUUCAUAAAAAACAACCGUGGCAUAGAUGAUGGAAAAGAUCUACCAGAGGAAUACUUGAGGUCAUUGUUUGAGAGAAUAUCUAGAAAUGAAAUCAAAAUGAAAGAUGUUGAUCUGGAACACCAACAAAUACAGGCAGUGAAUCAAAACAAACUAUUAGGCUUGGAUAGUAUAUUGAAUAUUGUGAUCCGUAAGCGUGGGGAAGACAGUCAUAUGGGGACCAGUGAUGAUCUAAUCCGUCGUAUGCAAGAAGAAUUCAGGGAAAAAGCUCGCAAAACUGAGUCCAUCUAUUAUGCAGCAACUGAUGUAGUAAUCCUUAGAUUCAUGAUCGAGGUGUGUUGGGCACCAAUGUUGGCUGCUUUUAGUGUUCCUCUUGACCAAAGUGAAGAUGAAAUUGUAACAGCCCUAUGUCUUGAAGGCUUCCGCUAUGCUAUUCAUGUUACAUCUGUAAUGUCGAUGAAGACACAUCGAGAUGCUUUCGUAACUUCAUUAGCGAAGUUUACCUCUCUCCAUUCUCCUGCUGAUAUUAAGCAGAAAAAUGUAGACGCAAUCAAGGCGAUAGUUACUAUUGCCGAUGAAGAUGGGAAUUACUUACAAGAAGCUUGGGAGCAUAUUUUGACCUGUGUUUCCCGAUUUGAGCAUCUACAUCUUCUCGGAGAGGGGGCUCCACCAGAUGCCACUUUCUUUGCUUUUCCUCAGAAUGAUUCUGAAAAAGUAAAGCAAACUAAAUCAACUAUUCUUCCGGUUUUGAAGAAGAAGGGACCUGGGAGGAUGCAGUAUGCAGCUGCCACUUUGAUGCGGGGUUCAUAUGAUAGUGCUGGAAUUGGCAGUAAUGCUGCCGGAACUAUCACAUCAGAACAGGUGAACAGUCUAGUUUCUAAUUUGAAUAUGUUGGAACAAGUUGGAAGCUCAGAAAUGAAUCGAAUAUUCACGCGGAGUCAAAAGUUGAAUAGCGAGGCCAUAAUAGACUUUGUUAAGGCUUUAUGCAAGGUCUCCAUGGAGGAACUGAGAUCUCCAUCUGAUCCGCGGGUUUUCAGCCUUACAAAGAUAGUCGAGAUUGCGCACUAUAAUAUGAACCGUAUCCGGCUAGUGUGGUCAAGCAUCUGGCAUGUUCUUUCAGAUUUCUUUGUAAGCAUUGGUUGUUCAGGAAACCUUUCGAUUGCAAUUUUUGCUAUGGAUUCCUUGCGUCAGUUAUCGAUGAAAUUUCUCGAGCGGGAAGAGUUGGCUAACUAUAAUUUCCAAAAUGAAUUUAUGAAGCCUUUUGUGAUUGUUAUGAGAAAGAGUAAUGCUGUUGAAAUUAGAGAACUUAUUAUCAGAUGUGUCUCUCAAAUGGUUUUAUCUCGUGUCAACAAUGUCAAAUCAGGAUGGAAGAGCAUGUUCAUGGUAUUUACAACAGCAGCGUAUGAUGACCACAAAAACAUUGUACUCUUGGCUUUUGAAAUUAUUGAGAAGAUUAUUCGAGAUUACUUUCCAUACAUCACUGAGACUGAAACCACCACCUUUACAGAUUGUGUCAAUUGUCUAAUUGCAUUUACCAAUAGUAGAUUUAACAAAGAGAUUAGCCUAAAUGCCAUCACUUUUCUUCGAUUCUGUGCAACAAAACUAGCUGAAGGAGACCUUGGUUCAAGGAAUAAAGACAAGGAAAUUUUUGGAAAGAAUUCCAUAGCUUCACCUCGAACAGGAAAAGAGGGGAAACAAGAUAAUGGAGAGGUGACAGACAAGGAUGAUCAUCUCUAUUUUUGGUUUCCUUUAUUGGCUGGUUUGUCUGAACUUAGCUUUGACCCGAGGUCUGAGAUCAGGCAGAGUGCUUUGCAAAUCCUAUUUGAAACCUUACGCAAUCAUGGCCAUCUCUUUUCACUGCCUUUAUGGGAAAGAGAAUUUGAAUCAGUCCUAUUCCCAAUUUUUGAUUAUGUUCGUCAUGCUAUUGAUCCUUCAGGGAGUAGUUCCCAGGUCAGUGAUGUGGAGACUGAUGGUGAGCUUGAUCAAGAUAUAUGGCUCUAUGAAACAUGCACAUUAGCCCUCCAAUUGGUGGUAGAUCUUUUUGUCAACUUCUAUAACACUGUUAACCCACUUCUAAAAAAGGUGUUGAUGCUCCUUGUAAGCUUUAUAAAGCGCCCUCAUCAAAGCCUGGCCGGCAUUGGUAUUGCUGCAUUUGUUCGUUUGAUGAGUAAUGCUGGGGAGCUGUUUUCUGAUGAGAAGUGGUUAGAAGUGGUUUUGUCACUAAAGGAUGCAGCAAAUGCAACGCUCCCUAACUUUUCGUUCCUCGAUGGUGGGGAUUUUGUGACUGGAAAUGAUCUAGGUGCUUUGAAUGCUGAAGAUGACAGGGAUCCUGCUGAGUCUAGCUCCCAUGAUAAUUUAGAUAGCCAGAGGAGUGACAGUCUUUAUGCUUAUUUAUCUGAUGCAAAAUGCCGUGCAGCUGUUCAGCUUUUAUUGAUUCAGGCGGUGAUGGAGAUCUAUAACAUAUACCGUUUGCAACUUUCAGCAAAAGCCAUGCUAGUCCUCUUUGAUGCGUUGCGUAAUGUGGCAUCACAUGCUCACAUGAUUAACAGUAAUACUAUUUUACGUUCAAAGUUACAAGAGUUUGGGUCUAUGACCCAGAUGCAAGACCCUCCACUGUUACGCCUUGAGAAUGAGUCCUACCAAAUAUGCAUCACAUUUUUACAGAACCUCAUUGUAGACAGACCACCUAGCUAUGAGGAGGCUGAGGUUGAGACUCAUCUUGUUCGGCUUUGUCAGGAAGUCUUAGGGUUUUAUAUUGAAGUAGCAGGAUCUGAGUCUGGACAAGUAUCUGAAUCUUCUCACGGCAGGCAGCAACAUUGGUUGAUUCCUCUAGGCUCCGGGAAGCGAAGAGAGUUAGCUGCUCGUGCACCACUUAUUGUGGCAACUCUUCAGACUAUUAGUAAUUUGGGAGAUAUUUCUUUUGAGAAGAAUCUGGUGCAUUUCUUCCCUCUUUUCUCAAGCUUGAUAAGUUGUGAACAUGGAUCAACUGAGGUCCAGGUAGCUCUCAGUGAUAUGCUUAGUUUAUCUGUUGGUCCUCUUUUGCUACGGUCAUGUUGAUCGCUUUGGUAUUUGCCCUGCAUCUGGGUAUUUUUGUCUAGAUCUUUUUGUUCAUAUUUUCUUCCUCUCCCUUGCCUUUGUUCACUUGACAGAAAUAGUUUGAUAGUGUACCAAAAUUAGUAGUGAUUUUAUGUUUAGAUAUACCUUUCAGGUUCUGCAUUUUAGAAGCCUAGCUUUUCUAAUCAGAAUUGAUAUGUAUAAUCAAGAGGUUUAAUGUUGUAUGCUUAAUUUUUUUCUCCAUUUUUAAAAAGAAUGAGUUUCCCAUUA